GGCGUUGCCCGUGAGUUUCGCUUAUGGUUAUGCGAACAGUAAAUUAUCAGGUAGGCAAUCUACCUGCGGUAGAUUGCGGACACAGCGAGGUGAGAGAAUAGAUUUUAGAGAAGACCCGAUAUUAUGUGUCUAGAACUUUCGUUCAGUUGUAUUUGUAUUAUCGUCUCUUACAAAGUCCUAUCUCGUGCAGUUAAAAGUUAAUAAACCUCCCCUAGAUAGUGUCAGCGUUUCACGUAGGUGUACCUAUACUUGCAUUAUAUUAUUAUUAUAGUAAAUUUUUCCAUACCGCCUACAUGUUAGAAAAUGUACGGUAAAAUAUUGUUUAGCGUAUAGUGCGUUAAUACGAUAUAACUUAUAUCUAUUAACAUUUCUUGUAUAUUAUAUUUUUAAACAUAUUUGCAUUAAAUUAAGCUCAGAAAUGGCGAUGAAGAUGACAUAUUCAUGGAUAAUAAUAUAUCGUUACCUUAACAGCAACAACACGUAUCUCAUUUUGGGCAAAAUGAGAUUUAUAUACCAAAAUAUUUGAAACCUCCUUGCGCAUAAAAUUGUUUAUUAUCAUGCACGCUAUAGAAUCAUUAGUUUCCCGCCAAAAGUGAUUUCAGUGAUAGCACGUAUCGUAAAUUCACCUGUGAUAACACGUAUUUGACCAAUUUUACACGGUGAAUGUAGAACGUCCCUCAAAAUAACUGCGUUCUACUCAAUAUUAAGGUAUUAAAAUGUCCAGAAGACGGUUGGAUACAAUUUUAAAGUUAGCUGCAUCUACCGGUCAACAAAAUGAAAAACAUAGCACUUCAAUUUCAAGAAAAUACUAUUCACCGCCAGCCAGUCCUAAAACUAAAAAUGUUCCUGUUGAUCUACCUUUAUUGACUUAUGAAGAUAUAAUUAUGAAUGCUGAUUUUGUGUUUGAAUAUACUGAUGAUAAUAUCAUUGCAGAUAUUCCAGCUGAUAUUGAAACUGUAUCAACUACUUUUCAGGUAACUAAUAUAGCUUCAACUAACCAAAUUCAACCUUGUUAUGAAAAUCCAGCAGUCUUGGAUGCUAAUAGUCCUAUUAAAAAUGUUGAAAAAAAUGAUAUGAACUUGUUAACUGACUGUUUAAUUAAUAAUGUAAAAGAUGUGACAAUGGAUAAUAAUAUAGAAAAUGAGAUUUUGGUCAAUUCAAAUGAUGAAUCAAAUAUUAACUGUGAUAAAAAAACUAAACACCGUAGUGUAAGAUCCGAAAAGGUAAAAUGGAAAAGGGAAACUACAAAGAAUAACAGAAUGAAUGGAGAAGUGUAUACUGGGUAUAAAAGAAAUGGUAAAGUAGUUGAACACAAUUUUAAAAGACCUGCUAGGGUUAUUAAAAAAUCUUGUACAUCUAAAAGAUGUGAAAAAUUAUCAAAUAGAUAUUGUAAAGAGUUUGAGGAAAGCAGAAGAUUGAAGAUUUUUGAGAAGUUUUGGAAUGCAACCUGGGAAGAAAAAAAAAUGUUUGUUAUUGGUAUGGUGUCAAAAAAUGUAGCUAAAGCAGAUACAACAGGACUUGGUAGUUUAAGCAGAAGGACAAAUACUUACAAAUAUUUUUUGGUGCAUGAUAAUUUUGAAGAACCUUUACAAGUCUGCAAACUUAUGUUUUUAAACACACUUGGUCUUAAUGAGUGGAUGUUACAUAACUGGGUAAGAAAUGCUACUCAUGGUCUACCAGGAAAAUUAUUAAGCCCAAAAAGUUUAAAACUAAAAGAAAAUGUUGGUGAUAAUAAUUUAAUUACUAAUUCACCUAAAAGAGUUGGAUUAUCAAAAAGAAUUGAUCACCUUCAGUCAUGGUUUGCUAGCUUACCAAAAAUGCCUUCUCACUAUUGCAGGCAAAAAACAAAUAGAUUGUAUCUAGAAGGACCAUUUUUUAAUAAGCAACAAGUUUUUGAAGCUUAUAAACAAAAAUGCAAUGAUGACAAUCUGGUACCAUUAAGUAUCUGCUACUUUUAUAAUUUUAUGAGAGAGAAAAAGUUAUCUAUAUUUGUUCCACGAAAAGAUCAAUGUGACUUGUGUUCUUCUUAUGAAAUGAGAAACAUAGAUGACAAUGUAAUGGCUGAACAUUUAGCAUUUAAAAAUAGAGCACGGGAAGAAAUGAAUUUAGAUAAACAACUAGCAAUAAAUGAAAACAAAUGUUAUAUGUUUACAAUGGACUGUCAAGCUGUUAAGCUAUGUCCUACUUUACAUGCUAGUGCACUAUAUUAUUCUAUGAAACUCAAAGUACACAAUAUGACCCUUUACAAUAUGGUAACAGGGCACUGCAAAAAUUAUUGGUGGCAUGAAGGGGAUGGUGACUUAGAAGCAUCAGUAUUUGUAUCAAUUGUUUUAUGUCAUUUAGAGGAGUAUUGUAUGAAGGAGAAAAAACCUAUAAUAAUUUAUUCUGAUGGUUGUGGGUACCAAAAUAGAAAUAAAAUUAUGGCUAAUGCACUCCUUCAUUUUUCUAUCAAACACCAAGUUUUUAUUGAACAAAAAUUUCUUAUUAAAGGUCAUACUCAAAUGACUUGUGAUAGUGCACAUUGCUUAAUUGAAAAAAACCUUAAAGGUAAAGAUAUUUAUUUACCUUCUGAUUUUGUCAGAAUUACAAAAGAAGCGAGAAAAUCUCCAUCUUGUUUUGAAGCAACUUUAUUAAACUAUGACUUUUUUUUAAACUACAAAUCGCAUCAAGUUUACAACUCCAUAAGACCUGGUAGAACAAAAGAAGACCCAGAAGUUAAGGACAUAAGAGCUAUUCAAUAUAAUCCUGAAAGUCAGCGCAUUUUCUAUAAAUUAAUGUUUGAUGAACCAUAUACCGUAUUGCCUUUAAGCAAAAAAUGUGAUAAAAUUAAUCCAGAUGUGCAAUAUGACAAACUGUAUAAAAAACCCAUCUCUAUAAAUUUAUCAAAAUGGCAAGAUUUACAGAAACUCAAAACUUUUUUACCACAAGAUACUCAUCCAUUUUAUGAUAAUUUAAAUCAUUCAGCUACAUACAAAUCAAGAAACAGUAAUAUUUAAUAUUUUAUUACCAAACUUUAUGAACAUUUUUCUAGUUAUUUUA